UUUUUUGUUAAAUUACAGGUCAGUGUGAUUAAUUGAUGAACGUAUUUUAGAUUUAUCCUGCUAGGAAUUCGAUUAAGUUUUUUAUCUUUAUCAAUUAAUGAAGUUUAGUGCUAAAAUAGAAAAUGACCUGACCUGAUAAAAAACCCGACCAAAUUGCGCUGUGAAGAUACUACUUCAACAGUAAAUAUACCAAUAUUUGGAAUUCAAAUAAUGUUAUUAAAUUUCGUUUCAUUAUUCUUGUUACUAAUCUGGCGUGGGACAAUAUAAGGCCAUAAAAUGAAUCGUGGCGGGCGCUCGGAGCCGACCCCUCCAGAGUGUGCACUGGCUGCCGAAAUGUUUGACCAUUUCUGCUCAGCCGGGACUAUGAAACAAAUAUUAGCACUGCAUCGAGAAAUUUGUACCACCCUCAACUUAAAACCUAACAGACUGCCAGAUUUUUAUCCCAAGUUAAAGACCAAACUAGCUAGCUCAUGGAAGGCUCAAGCUCUCUUCAAAAAGUUUGAUGCGCGUGCAAAUCUCAAAGUAUAUAGCAAAGGCCGCGCUUGUAUGCAAAAUAAGGUGCUCUUAAUUGGCGCUGGACCGUGCGGCCUGCGCGCAGCUAUUGAAUGUCAACUUCUUGGUGCCAAAGUGGUUGUGGUUGAAAAAAGAGAUCGGGUGUCCCGAAACAACGUGCUACAUUUAUGGCCCUUCGUUAUUCACGACUUACGAGCUCUCGGUGCCAAGAAGUUUUUCGGAAAGUUCUGUGCUGGAUCCAUAGACCACAUAAGUAUUAGACAGUUGCAGUGUAUACUAUUGAAGGUAUCUCUCUUGUUGGGUGUAGAAGUACAUGAAGGGGUCAGCUUCGAAGAACUUUUAGAACCUACAAUAACAGAAACAUCAGAAACAUUGGGAUGGCGUGCUCGUGUUACCCCAACGGAUCAUCCAGUGGCGCAGUACGAGUUCGAUGCGUUGAUCGGCGCCGAUGGCAAACGCAACACGCUACAGGGCUUCAAACGCAAGGAAUUCCGCGGCAAACUGGCCAUGGCUAUUACCGCGAAUUUCAUCAAUCGGCAUACGGAGCAAGAGGCUUCGGUACCAGAAAUUAGUGGAGUAGCAUUUAUAUUCAAUCAGAAAUUUUUCAAGGAGCUGAAACAUGUGACUGGCAUAGAUCUCGAAAAUAUAGUAUAUUAUAAAGACGAUACACACUAUUUUGUAAUGACAGCAAAGAAACAAAGUCUCAUAGAAAAAGGAGUUCUUUUAAAUGACUACGGGGAAAUAUCUCGAUUGCUCAGCGUUGAGAAUGUGGACCGUGCAGCGCUGAUGCGAUAUGCUCAAGAGGCGGCUAGGUUCUCCACCGACGGCCGCUUGCCGCUGCGGGACUUCGCCCUCAACCACUACGGUGAACCAGACGUGGCUCUCUUUGACUUCACCUCGAUGUACGCCGCGGAAAACGCUAGCAUGGUGUAUGAGAGGCAUGGCAGGCGAUUACUCUGUCAACUGGUGGGGGACAGUCUACUGGAGCCUUUCUGGCCAACCGGUUCAGGUUGUGCGCGUGGCUUCUUGUCAGCGCUGGACGCGGCGUGGGCUGUACGCACCUGGGGACAGAGUCCAUCCCCGCAUCCGCUCUUGGUGAUAGCCGAACGAGAAUCCAUCUACAGGCUUUUAGCUCAAACGACUCCGGAGAAUCUUCAACGCGACUUUGGGGCAUACACUCUCGACCCUUGUACUCGUUAUCCCAAUUUGAACAGAACGGCAGUUACCCCCCAUCGAGUCACUUCUUUUUAUGACUCUGACGAACCAUUGCCUCUCGACGCCACUAUGUCUGCCAAGAAGAGACGCAGAGAGCCGGAAAUAUCAGAGGAAGCAUUGGUUGCUUGGGUGGGAUACUCCGAGCCGGGCAUGAAAGCAGCGACCAGUUCUCCUGCCCUUUGCGAUCUCAUGCGGCGAUACCGUCCCGACCUCAUGCAGCCUAAUUCAUCGCCACGAUCAAUUUAUCAUAUAUUCCAUCACGAGUUUGGAAUCCCGCCAUUUGCUACAAAUGAAUCCAACGAAGAUGUCCCGGAAGCAACUCUCCGUGCCUACCUCCUGCAUGUUUACCACGCCUUCAAGGGCGAAGUGCCUCACAUAUUCCACAAGACGGAUAUGUUUGAUCAGAUUAAAAAGAGCCAACAAUCGGAGAAGAAUAUGCGAAACUUAACGGAUCGUUCAGUUUCUGUUUAUUCAAAUGCUGGUGAUACUGAAACUCAUUCGAGUUAUAGAAAAAAGCGACGCUCCGUUCGGCCGCCACAAGUAAGUAAUGAUCCUGCCGAAUAUAUAAGGGAAAAAAUUGGAAAAUUAGAUCUAAAUGACAUAACGCAGUUGGCGCGACUUAUCGAGGGACACGACGCUAUUUCGAACGACGAACUGAAUGCCGUAAAGCAGAAGGAGAUUCAAGAACACAUUAUAAAUUUGUUCGAUUUGGAGGAUUCCCCAGAUCCAGAAAUUGUAAAGAAUUCCUUAACACAGUUGCUGCAAGGCGUUUCAAAAAUUAAAUUAAAGCCAAAAGUAACGAAAGAUCGAAAAAAAUUAGCGCAUUUCUUUCAAAAUACCGUCAAUGAAAAAACGCCGCUUAAGCCUUCGCGUAAAUUGAAGGGCUUAGAUGCUGACACGAUUAAGGUUCCCGACUUUUCAGACAUUUUUCAAGAUUAUUCUGAAGACACUGAUAAUACUCUUGUAGCCGCGGCUAAGCCGUACUCAAAGAAUAGACACAAUUCGAGAUCUUCACCCACUAAAGUGAAGCACAAAGAAUUUGUUCGUUUUCCUUCCAUCGAAACCCCGAUUGUUCCUUCACGAAGACUAUCUGAAGUUAUAGAUACGCAAAGAAAACGUUUUUCCCAGAGUCCGGAAGUAGUUUUGCCUCAUGGACGAUCUAAUUCAAUCGAUUCACCAGAAAUUUUUAAUACGAAGCGUAUAGCUCAACUAUUCGAAGGAAAUAAUAGUCACAUGGUGAAUACAGAAGCAAGUAAAGUUCCAUCACGAAUAAUGGACAACCCUGAAAUGGCUUUGCGAUGGCAAAAAAUGGCUGAUUUGAUUGAAGGAAAGCGCCGUGAUACUCCCAGUCCAGAUCGGUCGAAACGAUCCAAUUCAAUAGGUACCCCUGAAUUAGCACUACGUAGACGACGCGUAUCGGAUUUGAUCCAAGGUAUUAAUUCUCGCGAUAGUCCCGAAUACACUCCCCAGAGAACCGCAAGUGAAAUGGCUUUUAGAAUGCAAAGAGUGUCCGAUAUGAUGAAAAAGAAAAAUGCAGAAGUAAAAAAACCGAAGAGCUACGGCAAAAGAAAAGCGGCUCGCGAAAUAAUGAAGCAACGUUGCGAGAAGAGUCUACAAAUGCUGGCAGCUGAACCUCGACCAGACUUCGUUCCUUCUGCAGAUCUGGAGAACGACUACGGUUUGCAACAGUACAGGGCGAGUGCGCCACAAUUUAACGAGAGAGUAAAAAAAUUGGAGAGAAAAUUACAUCACUAUGAAGAAGGUCGUGCUGUCGGCGGUGGAAGCAGGGCCGUGGGAGGCGGAGCAAGGGUAGCGCGCUUGGCAGCGGAGCUCUCCAGCACUGCGGCGGUAGCUCCGACCGUAGCACCUCCUCCAUCCAAGCCGAGAGACCUCAUGCGCUCCGUUGGCAAAAUCGAACGAGAGGAUUGGAACGUCAAGCUGAUUGAACAGAAGAUUAUGGAAAAUAGAAUGGGCCGACCCGAGCCUAAAACAGCGGAAAAAGUCCCUAAGUGGGACAGAGAACAAUUUCUAGGCCGCCAGCGUCGUCUUAAAGAAGGCGAUGCAAAUGAAGAGAAGUGGGGAGAAAUCGACGAAACUCUUCAUAAAUUAGAUCAAAAGCUCAAGGAUUCCGGCCGACCAAUUCUUGGUACUAAAAAGGUUGCUAACCUGGCUACGAAGUUCGUGAAAAAGGACGAGCCAGACGCUGAGAAGAAACACAAUGAGCAGAAGAAAGAAGAGUUGAAGAAGCCCUGGCGCAGCUCAGCUAGCGGCGGCGCACGCUGCGCGGCGUGCGGUUCGCGUGUCUUCGCAGCUGAGGGCGUGAUGGCCGACGGCCUGCAGUUGCACCGUGCGUGCUUCCGGUGUGCGGUCUGCCACGCUGUUCUCAGACCUGGCAACUACACCACGGAACGAUUUGGAACACGAUUAGUUUGUCUUCGACACUCCGGCACGACAGUUACCGACGCAAACGCGCUUGCCCCGACGGUGCCUGUACGCAGUGAAGCGCCUACGUCGACGCCUGAAAGGAUCAGCCUAGAGCUGUCGGAUGGAGGCGCACGCGAAAUCGACGAAGACGAGUGGACUGAUCGGAACUUUCUCGCCUCAGAGACGUCCGGCGCGGGCGGACUCAGUGACGAGGAGGAGUCGAGUUCGGACGAAUAUACAGACGCGGCAGAGAGCGACAAUGAUGCAGAGCAUCGUCCCGAACCGCCCGUGGCUGGCCCGCAAGCCCCACAUCCGUACCACAUUUACUUUUCCGACGAUUCCUUUGGAUAUGACGACUAUUCUGACGAUGGAGCGGAGUCAUCAGGGAACGAGUCUUGCUCCCGGAUGCGAGCGGCCCGGGAGGCGCGGCGGCGGGAGGUGCCGGCGGAGGCCAGACCGCCCACUGACAGCAGCGAGGUGGAGUCGGAAGACGAAAGUGAAAGCAGCGAGGAGGAAAUUUCUUCGGCGACGGAAGUGUCAACGGACAGCGAGUUCGCUCGCGAGGAAUGCGCACCGGCCCCUUCCCCGCCCGCCAUCCUUGUUACGGAAGCUCCGCCACCCGCGCCUCCACCCCACCAGGACUACCCGCUGAUAAGAACGCGGUCCGCCGGCGGCAUAGCAACCAAACGGGCAUUGGAGUUAAAAAGAAAAUAUCUAUUAGGAGAACCUUCCCCGCCAGUUGUAAGAAAAUCAGAUUCCACUUCGCAGCUCGACACCAAGCUAGAAGCUUUCCGGUCUACCAUCACAGAGUUUCAAAAACUAUUACACCCCGCACCCGCACAGACACAAAAGCCUGUCGUAACAUUUCAGUUGACAACAGAGGAAAAAAAGCCUAUGCCUGAUAUCAUACAAAACCUUUGUAGUGACGCACCAGUAGAUUUACUCACAAAAGGAGACUCCCCACUUUGUAAAAGCGAUUGGAGAGAAGCUCCAAAACAGGAACAAAAGGAGCAAGAGAUAGAAUCCGAUUCGCUCUCUGAAGAGGAUUCGUCUGAUACACAAACAUUACCGAAUCAAUCUGUGCCCCGUCUUGAAGUUCACGAUGAAGUCGGGGAGCUUGUACAAUUGGACAGUUUAAUGAUCAUUAGCAGUAGUGCCGAAGAUAAUGAGAAAGAAUCAGGUACGGCAACUGCGACGGGUCCUACAAUAUUAGCAGCUGAAUCAGAAUCUUCAGACUCCUGUAGAGAUGCGACUACAUUAGCUUUAACUGAGACAGAAUUAUCUGAUUGGGCAGCUGAGAGUGGCGUUUUAGAUGACUGUGCCUUUGAUGAAAAGGAUGACAGAAAGAGAAGCAAAAAUCCAAGAAGUCUCAGUGGACCUAAAUUAGUUCAUGAUACUAAAAAUAUAUCAGCAAUUGCAUCACAUGUAUGCGGUAAAACUAGUCCAGUAGAGGCUAUUGUGUUUUCUAACGCACUCGAUCACUUUGAAUUUGUUGACGAGGGGGACCAAGAUCCUUCCAUUGAAACUCCGGUAACUCCUCGCAACCAAGGUUACAUGGAAUUAGUGGAUGAAGACUAUGACCACUUUUCUCCUAAUAAAGAUAGGUCCAUGAAUUUCAUAGAAAGAAGUUUUUCAGAAACCACUGUAAAGCCUUAUGAAAUGGAGGAAAAUGUGGGCUACGAUGCGUCUGAAGAAAUUAAAUAUAUAGAUGACCAGGAUUCCAAAACCGAGAGUUUACCUAAAGUUGAAAAUUUAAUUUAUUCGCUUACACAAACUGUGAUUAGUGAACCUAUACAAAAAUCUAAUGAAAAAAGUGAUAAUAAAAACUGUUCAAUGAUUGAAAUUUCUCAAACUAAUUCUAAAACUACCAAUAAAUAUAACUUCCAUAAUAGUGAUUCUAAUAAAGAUACUGGUAGUGUUUCUUAUAAAUCCCAGUCAAUAGAAAAUAUUGAUACCGAAAUUAUAAAGGAGAAACCAAUAAUAAAUGAAUCAAAAAGUGAAAUUUCCCUAGAUGACAUUUCACCACCACUAGCAUCCGAGAAAUUGAAUUCACAAAGCAGUAUUACUUACAAUUUAAGCAAACCAUUUACGAAUCCAUGCAGUAUUAGAAUUUAUGCACCGGCCAUUUGUAGGUCUGCCAGUGAAACUUUUAAUUUAAACAUCCGGAUUGCGGCCGUUCCAACGCUUAACAUUAACCGGAGCCCAUCGUACCAUUUGAGUUCGGAUUCGAUGACACCAAGGAGUCCAACGCCUGAACGUGAAACAAUAGAAAAAGUACAAGAGUUGAAGAAGGAGAGAGAUGAACAAACAGAGGUAGUGAGAAGAUUAGUGCUAGAGAGGUUAGGGAGCGGACAGCGAGCGAGCAGGAAGUCGUCGCGUCGGAAUAGGGUUCGUCCAUCGAGCAGCCUUCCGCCACCUGUGCCGCCACCUCCCGCACCGCCAUCCCCCUCUCCGCCUCCACCGCCACGCCCCGCGCCCCCGCCUCCUCUUAUGCCUCUGCCUGUUACGCCCUCAUUCUCUGACCCCGACCUUACUCAACAAAGAAGGCGGAAAGGUAUUAUGAGGAGCAUUUCGAAUUACUUUAACAGGCGGCUCGGACCUCGGCAAAAGUGUGUCUCGGAGCCGGACCUGACGACGCACCACGAGACGCAGCAAACUCGUCAUGCUGAGGCACACAAGUCUACGGGGGCCUUGCAACAGGCACCGCCUGUUCCACCUCCCCCCGCUUGCUACACUCCACCAGUCUCCAGUUCACCACCUCCGCGGCGGCCCGGAGCCGCCUCUGAGGGGAGAGAGGGUCAACGCGCGGGGGACGAGGACGAGCGGGAUGCAAUGCAGUUAUGGUUCGAGGCUCGAUGGGCGCGACUGGUAGCGCAGAGACGCGCGCGCGAUGAGAGCCGCGACGAACCGGGUGCGCGACGACUUGCCCGUCUUCAGAGACGACUCUCUCGCCCCUUAUCUGCGGAGCAGCAGGCAGCGACUGUGGCUGAGCUUGUACAAGUUUCUGCACAACGUGAUGCACAUCAAGCCCUUAUAGCGGCCGAUAGAAGGCGAUACACCGCGAGUAAUGGAGUGGGGCAUUAAAAUAUAAUGAUACUUUAUAUAAAUAAAUAUGCUAGAUCUCGUGCAAGAUGUUGUGGUUACGCAAAUUUUUCAUUUUGCUGAAAAAUAUUCCCGUGUCACUUCUUCGAUAAGGUACAAUGACAAGAUAACCAAAGCAAAUAUUCAAAUGAUGUUAUCGAUAUAUUAUAUUAUUUCGUCUAGUGUAUUUAUUGUAUUGUAU